UUGAAUUGGACUGUGUCUCUGGUACUCGACUGUGUUCUGUCACUUGUACUUGAUCUCUGCAGUGUAUCUAUGGCGUGCUAUGCUCCGUCCAGUGAGAGCCUGUUGAGACAAACAUCCAGACAGUCAUCAAGUGGAGAUUACAAUUCACAUUGUUUCAGUGUGUUCAGUGAUGAACUGGAGUUUCUACAGAAUGUGUAUUUUGACGACUUAACGUACGAGUCAUGUGACCAGGGUAGCCAUAUCCUCCAGUUCCGGGUCACCCCCAGUACAGGAGAUGACAAGGAGAAACAGUACGUCUAUUUGGUGCUCAACAUCACUGUGGCAAAGGAGUACCCUCAUGUCGUUCCUGGGUGCUCGCUAGGGCAGUCUCGUGGUCUCUCAGAUACUCACUUGAAGAGCAUACUAGACGGUCUGUGUCGCAAGUGUGAGGAGCUGUUGGGCUGUGAAAUGAUCUAUCAACUGGUGGAGUUCACGAAAGAGUGUCUCACUGACAACAACUUACCCAGUGGAGAGUGUGCCAUAUGUCUAUCGGGAUUCGAGGAGAGUGAUGAGUUUCAGAAGACGGACUGCUAUCAUUACUUUCAUCUUCCCUGUCUGGCCGACUAUCUUCACUAUUAUCAGAGACAGUUGUUGGAGGACCAAGAGGAGGACAGAAAGGUCGAUAUGAUGCUCAGGAAGAAAACUAGACAGCUCGAGUGCCCCGUAUGUCGUGUAUCUAUAGACACAUCAACCUUGAACUUUGACCCCUCUAAAACAAUGGCAACUCCAGUGAAAAGCAUUGCAUUUCAACCAUCACCCAAAUUGAGAGAAUGGCAAAAUAAAAUGGAGGCAUUACUAUUGAAACAGCGACGGAAAGGCGGAGUGAUUGAUACGAGUCAAUCUGAUGUCAUUGAUGGAACAUGGGUGAGUACUGUUUCCAUCACUAGCAAAAAUGACCAAUCUACAAUCUCUAAAAGUGAAAGCACCGAAGACAUCAAAAAAUCUGAACCAAGCCUAUCAAAAACCUCCCCAAAGACAAACAGGAAGAGAAACGAUUAUUCCCGAGUUAAAAGCUCCACCUAUCAAAGAAACGAUCGCAAACCAAAACAAGAACAAGUAGACGGAACGUCUAAGUCUAGUUUAUAUGGACGAUACAAAAGAGAAGAUAACAAAAGUGGAGCACAUCAGAGUGGGCCGAAAAGAACUAGAGCUCGUGAUCCGGUCAAAAGUGGCAGCUCAAAGAACAAUAAGCACGAAUCAGAAGGAGCCACUUUCAAAAUCCCUGUUUCAAAAACUGUAGUAGGCGAAAUAACGAUAAUGUCUGGAGGAACCGAAUCAAUUUCUACCCGGAUAACAUCAUCAAGUAAAGAAGAUAAUAUUCACAAAAACGAAUCUCGUUCAAAAGAUAGAUCGUAUGUAUCCAAGAUUGGCGAUGGCCGUGAUACUCGAAGGCCCAGGGAAUCGGGAGGUGUAAGAGGGGGGAAACCUGGUUCCAGAGGCCUCGAAACCAAGACAACAAGCUAACGACUCCUCACAUUCUGAACAGUCGUAAUUAUAGGCUUUAAUCAGCUAAUUCAUUAUUAAUUAUUGGUAAAAAAUUCA